AUGGAUGGCACAGAUAUUGGAAGGUUUUGGGGUAAUGGAGAUUGCCAUUUUGAUCAUGUUGAUGCUACGGGGCGGUCGGGUGGUCUAAUUUCAAUUUGUGAUCCAAAGAAGUCUGUGAAGGUAUCGGUGGAUAAGCAUAGAAAUUUCUUGACUGUGUAUUGGAAGAUGAAGGAUAGUGGGAAAGAUAUGACCAUUAUUAACAUGUACGCUCCACAGAAGUUGAUAGAUAAGAAGGCGCUUUGGACCGAGUUAGAAUGGGUGAUUGUCCAGGAUUCGAGUUACUGGAUUGUGGGAGGGGAUUUCAAUUGUGUGAGAGAUCGAAGUGAACGUAGAAACUCCAAAUUCAUUGCUUCUGCGACUAACGAUUUUAAAGAAUUUUUAGAUGGAGUCGGGUUACAUGAAUAUGGGUUGAGAGGCCGAAAGUUCACCAUUGUGUCAGGAAAUAAAUGCAGCCGAAUUGACAGAUUGUUUGUGUCUUGGAGUUUCUUAAACGACUGGCCAAAUGCUGAAUACAGAGCUCUGGCGAGGGAGAAAUCGGAUCAUAGCCCCUUAAUUUUAAAGGUAGAAUAUCGGAACUUUGGUGCUAAACCAUUUCAUUUCUUCAAUUCGUGGUUGUAUAGAGAUGGAUUUGAUGAUGUGGUAGUAAAGGCGGCUUCGGAUUUCAAUGGGAGUGGGCCACCGGAUAUUGUGUUAAUGAAUAAGUUCAAGAGAAUUAGGCAAGAAAUUGUCAAGUGGAGAAUGAAGCUUACUGUUAAUGAAUUAGAGGAGGAGGCAAAUCUUCAGUAG